AUGGUGGAAGAAGAAAAUGAAAUUGAACGUCGAAUCUUCCAUCUCUGUCAAGGUUUUAAUGUUCCGCUUUUUGAGAAGGAUUUACAAGUUGAGAAAACUAUCCAGAAUCUUUAUCGGAAUUUCAAAAUCUUUCUGCAAGCAAAGGCAACUCAUGAUAAAGGUAAAAGACAUCCUAGUGCAAUAGAAGAAGGUCUUCCUCCGCAGUUACUGGCUGAUCGUUCUUCUCGUUAUCUUCUAAGUGAAUCAAUGACUGAAUAUGACUGUGAGAUUAUGCCACGUUUGCAUCAUAUUCGUAUCAUUGGAGAACGCCUUCUGAACUUUUACAUUCCACGUCAAUUCACACAUUUAUGGGCAUAUAUAUUAACUGCAUAUCGAACAGCUGCUUUUAUUGAAUCCUGUCCGGCUGAUCAAGAUAUUCUGCAUCAUUAUAAGGAACAAUUAAAUUUGGCAAUUGAUAUGCGAGUGACACUUGAAGCGCCAACAAAGACAUUAACCAUUCCUGAAGAUGUUCUUCAAGAUAUACGCCGGCUCAAUAAUGGAAUUCAAACAGGAGAAGGAAGUAGACAAAAUAAUUAG